AACUCUUGUUUACUAAACUUGGCUUUUUACAAUUAUGCCCCUAGUUAUUUUUAAAACUACAUUUGCUGGUAUAUAUAGUACUUUCUCACGUCUAUCGUCGGAUCUUCGUUGCCGACGUUUUCCUCCAGUCACCACCGUCGACUUCUCCUUCACCGGCGUUUUUUUUUUUUUUUUUUCAAACUAUCUCUUCUCUAAGUCGGUGAAUCUUGCACAGCCUUGGUGAUGAUCAAGACGUUGGUUUCUCCUUGUAGUGUUGUUGUUGGGUUUGGAUCUCAAAAACUGAAGCUUGACAGAUCUUGUAAGAAAGUGAAGCCGGGAGCAGUAAGGAUGGAACUCACAAUCUCUCAGCCUGAUGAUUGGCAUCUUCAUCUCCGUGACGGCGAUCUUCUUCAGGCUGUUGUUCCCCACAGUGCGAGUCAUUUUAGGAGAGCGAUUGUGAUGCCGAAUCUGAAGCCCCCUGUGACCUCCACUGCAGCUGCCAUUACUUACCGUGAAUCCAUCAUGAAAGCUUUGCCAAUUGAGAGCAGUUUUGAUCCACUGAUGACUCUUUAUCUGACUGACAAAACCCAUACUGAUGAGAUCAAGCUUGCCAGGGAAAGUGGUGUGGUUUAUGCGGUGAAGCUGUACCCUGCCGGAGCCACAACCAACUCUCAAGAUGGUGUCACAGACCUGUUUGGAAAAUGCUUGCCAGUACUAGAAGAGAUGGUCAAACAAAACAUGCCUCUUCUGGUUCAUGGAGAGGUCACAGAUCCAAGUAUUGAUGUCUUUGACCGUGAGAAAAUCUUCAUUGAGACUGUUCUGCAGCCUCUAAUCCAACGGCUUCCACAGCUGAAAGUAGUGAUGGAACACAUCACUACCAUGGAUGCUGUGAACUUCGUUGAAUCUUGCAAAGAAGGGUUUGUGGGUGCAACAGUCACACCACAACAUCUCCUUCUCAACAGAAACGCUCUUUUCCAAGGUGGAUUACAACCGCACAACUACUGCCUUCCCGUUCUCAAAAGAGAGAUACACCGAGAAGCCAUUGUCAAAGCUGUAACUAGUGGAAGCAAGAAGUUCUUCCUCGGCACAGAUAGUGCUCCACAUGAACGGAGAAGAAAAGAAUCAUCCUGUGGAUGUGCUGGUAUUUACAGCGCUCCUGUUGCCUUGUCUCUAUACGCUAAGGUCUUUGAUGAGGCGGGUGCGCUUGACAAGUUGGAAGCUUUCACAAGCUUCAAUGGACCUGAUUUCUAUGGCCUCCCGAGAAACUCUUCAAAGAUUACACUGAAGAAAGCUCCUUGGAAGGUUCCUGAGGUCUUAUCCUUCUCAUUUGGAGAGAUCAUUCCAAUGUUUGCUGGAGAAACCCUUCAAUGGCAACCAUCUUUCGAGUAAUGUGGUGGUUUGUAGUUUUCUAAACAUUUCUCCCAAAUUGGAGUACCUCUUGUAUCUUUUAAUUUUGGAUUUUAUUAUGGCUGAGUUUAAGGUCUGCAUUUGUUUUUGAGAAAUAAAAGCAAGAUACUGAUCAAGAAUGCUUAUUUUGUGUG